ACUUCAUUCUUUCCCCCACUUCUUCCAUUGAGGUGCUGCCUCUUCAUCAUGACACUCCUUUGAUCAAAUCCAUUAUGUACUGAACUCACCCGAGCAUAAAUGCACACUUAAUUUGAUUGUAAUCCUUCCAUAGUUUUCAUUUAUAACAUGAAUUAAUCAGAAAUUUAAAGCAGGAAUCACGGAGAUCCCGUCCCUGAAAUCCACCUGCAAUAUCGAAAUCAAGAAGCGGGAAACCCUAGAAUCGACUGUCCACUUUCUUCAUUCAGAUUGAACUAGGACCAAUUAUGGAAGCUUGAAAGAGGAUUCAAGAGAGUGACAGAUGAACUUUCCCAAAAGGAAAUUGUGAGUUUUUGGUUCUAUUUUCGAUUAAAAAUUAUGUAUCCGUGCAAUCUUUUUGAGUAUGCAAAAAUGGGACGGACCUUGGGAGUUGGGAGUGUCAUCCCCUGGAGUCUCUGCACCGUAAUUUAUAUAACUAUUACUAUAACUAAUUACAUGUAUGGUGUAACAUAAAUAGUAGAUUAUUCCUUUGGCAAUUGAAAUGUGAAAAAGAGAACGUUUCUGGAUGAUCAUUUUUGUAUAUUAUAUAAUCAUUUAGUAGUAUUGGUAAAUGCCGUAUUAACCAUUCUUGCAUUGUACAAUCUUCAUUAGACUUUGACAGUUUAGAUGUGUAAUCAGGAAUAUAAGCCUCCGUUUGGCCCCUUCUAAAACUCAUUAAAAUAUUUUUUCUGCCAUUUUUCAACCCUCAUUUUUCGACAAAAGUGGGGCCCAUGUCAACCACUUUUCUCAUCCAUUGGCAGAAGUUAAUUUCAGUCAAAUGGACUGUUGAGAUAGUUGGACAAAAACACCCUUCAACAUCAAUGACAGAAAAUAAAAUUACCCCUCAUUCAAUCACCCUUAUUUACAUUUCCAUUGGUUAGUGGUUGGGAGGGCAUUAACAUCAUUUAGGCAUAUAAAGUGAAGUGUACCCUUCAUCAUUAAUGAAAACCUUUCUCUUUCAUGGUACACGUACGUUCUAAAAAAGUUGACACAUGGGGCUCGCUUUUGUUUGAAAAAUUGGCAAAUAAUGGGAAUUAAUGAGUUUUAAUGGGGGCCAAACUGGGGCUAAGAAUGCAGCUGAAUGGCUUAAACAAGAUCGCAUGACAAAGAUUGCAGACUUGGAAUCUCAGAUAAGAGGUUUCCAAAUGCAAAAGGUGUCGAAUGAAGCAACUACAAAUCUGCUCCACCAAGAUUUAGCUGUACGCAAGAACCAUAUAGAUGUGCUGACAAGAAGAUUGGAGCAAGUUUGUUCCAAAGUAGAAUCCAGAUACCACAAAGAGAUUCAAGGUUUGAAGGAUUUGUUGCUGAUUGAGCAAUAAGAGAAAAAUUAAUUGCACAAGAAGCUUCAGGAUUUGGAAGAAGAAUUGUUUAUGAGCAGAACAAAGCUGGCUGAACAUCAACGAGACUCAACUUCAAAUCAACACGUAGAGACACUGAAGCGAAAGAUAAUGAAACUUCAGAAUGAGAACGAGGUACUUAAAAGGACGCUAGCUAAUUCUAAAGAGAGCUAAUCUAUUUCCAAGUAUCAGGUUAGCUAGAGAAUCUAAUAAUGUCCUCUGUAAAUUUGAUUCUCUUGCCACACGUUCAAAGAUCAUUAAUGCAGGUGCAUAGUUUGGUCAGAUUGUUUUGAAGAUUCAAUUCAUAUUCUUUAGUUUGCAUAAAUAUAUUUUAUAUUGAACGGAUGGAGAAUUCUCUAUUGGUGAUUCAUCCUAUUUUUUGAAUGAGAUACUUCGCAGAACUAAAUAUGUAUUCAUUCACCCUUC